AUGCGAUUCACACUACCUCUUCGAACUGGUCUACGGACUCUUUCGAGAGAGCGAAUAAAUUCCUCAUCAAGCUCAUCUUUGGAUUCUUCUCCGGCAGACGAGAACGAAACAUGGAGCCAACGACCAAGCGUAGCGGUUAAUAGAUCACAAGUUGAUCCAUACCAUAACGCUUCAUACAGAAAGCUGCAUUGGCUCUCACCCAUCAUGAUGAUCGGUUGUCUCGUUUCUGGGGUGGCAUUUGCUGGUGGCCACCACGCUUACUAUAGUUGGCUCGAUGGGAGAGUUGUCCAGGAUUCCCGUCGCCAGCAGUGGGCCUUGAAGUGAGCAUCGGACUUCUAUGAAUUGAAGUCGCUUCGUAUGCUAAUUACUUGCUAGCAUUGGAAACGGAUUCGCUAUCUACAUCAAUCUUAUGUUGAAAACUGCCGUUGGGAUUGCAUUUACACAAUAUCUUUGGAAACAACUUCGCUGCCUUUCUAUAUCUGUGUCUUCUAUCAGUGACGCCUUCGGCAUGGGUACCAACAUAUUUUCUUUCCUCAACUGGGAGCUUACAUCCAAGAUUCCGAUUACAGCUGCUUUGGGAUUGCUGCUUUGGUGAGUUGAGUUCCAGCCCCCUACUCCGAUUGCUUGAAACUAAUACACUUUGUUGCAAUUAGGGUCCUGCCAAUAGCGUCUCUCUUUGCACCUGCGACUCUGUCCAUACGGGACGCACAGGUGACCACGUUUGAAAACAUGAAAGUGUUCAAUAUUGGGAUCUCUAAUUCAUCACUAAGCGCAUCUUAUGGUGCCCCACUAGCACGAAUUAUCAACAGUGUCGCAACCACAGGUAUCGUGGGGAACGCCAUCCCUCCUGCUUCCUAUGCCAACAUGUCUUACGAAAUCCAGAGUUUUAUUCCGCUACUUCUUUGCUUAGAAGCGAACAGUUCAGUUCGAUCUCAGAUACAGGGAGCAACAAAGAAUGCAAUUGGCAACGAAUCACCGUUCUUAAUCACCAGCAGCUAUCAAAAAAAUGCGUCGCUGAACCUACAGGAUGACCUAACAUGGUCUUACGCUGCGCCUAGUGGCUCGCAUUAUUAUGGAGAAAUCGGAUAUUUUUCUAUGAUACCAUUUAGACAUUCUUUCAGCUCGCGAUGGCGUGACACAAAACUCAGAUCUCAUACUACUAUCGUCUGGAAUUCCUCCGAAUCAGCACAGCAAAAGAUCCUGGGCAACACCGGCGAAAUUUGGAUCGCGUUCGCUAAUUAUUUUGGUGGUAGCUCAAAGGUCAAGAAAAGUGUGGACUACAUCACUUGUGGACUUCAAAAUGUUUCUGUGAUGCUCGAAAUUGCUUUCACAAAUCAUGCUCCAUCAAUCACCGUCAAAAAUUCCACAUACAUGGGCUGCAAAACCACUAAACCACUCUUCAAAUUUUUGACAAGUGUCGCAGGGAAUCUACUAAAGCCGUCCGCCUAUUCCACGAGGACUUCUGCUUCUUCUUCGGGAAAAUACAUAGAAACGGUUCAGAGCAAUAUUAUGAUGACUAGCUUAGCUCUUUUGGGACAGGUCAAGGUCAUGGACAAAACGAUGAAGUAUCGUGAAAAGGACCUAGAGAUCUCACAUCAAUUCGAUGAUGUCCGGAACAUCUCGUUGUCGGAGGCAAUCGAAGGCUUCACCCUGAACUCGAGUUUGAGCCUAUUAAGCAACCCAGACCUUUGGUAUGAUUCGUCCCCCCCCCCUUCCCCAAGCUACCUAUCCGUUGCUAACUUGACCACUCGUUUGGCAGCAAUAGAGAAAUGGCCAAUGCAACCAUCAGGUCAACAAAAACCGUCUACAACUACGAGCCUCGUUUCUUGUUCAUUUCAUACGACCUCGCUAUACUAUCCAGCACCUUCGCAGUGCUCCUCGGUUCCUUCCCAUUCUCACGAAAUGGAGUGAGCCACGAUACAAGUGUCUCAUCAAUCGCGACUGCAAUGCGAAAUUCGGAGGUGAGUUUCAACGGGUUCAACCCAUUCUCUUAUCCUUGAGACUUUGUGAAGCUACGCUAACGGAGCUUCAUAGGUACAAAAAUUACUCGGGAAAUAUCCUAGUGGUGUACAGCCCCUGAAUAAAGAACUUGGAAGUGUGGAACUUCGUUUUCAGAUGAGUCAUGGCUUCGUUUUGGAGACUGUGAAAGAAGGAAAUGCAGUCACCUCAUUUUGA